CUGGCGUCGAAUACGAUGCAGCUUUGUCUGUUGUUGCUCUCGUUAGCUGUGUGCUGUGUGUUCGGUUUGAGGGAUUUUCAGAUACGGCCGCAACUUAAUUAUACGAAAAACGAAUGGUUCUGGUUAUCGCUGCCAGAGGACCAGAGGAUUCGUUCCGUGUUUUUCUUCACCGACUACGGUGCAAACAAGGAUGCAGCCUUUUAUUACAGAGUUUAUCCAAAUUCAGGACAUCUCUGGGCUAUAAAGGAGUAUCUAAAUGAUACCCUUCAGGUCUCGGUCAUUGUUGAAACUCAUCAAAAGGAGAUCUUUAGCAGAACGUUUAAAAUAUCAGCUGGUGAAGGAGGAACAAGAGGCACUUGUGGAGUGCAGCGGGUCAAGACCACUCCACCGCGGCCCUGGAGUUGCGAGACACUUAAACUUCCCAAGAAAUUUUGCAUUCAAUCAAAUUCUCUCAUCAAUGACGAGCCUUGCGAAUGCGGUGAACGACUGAUCUUCAGAGAACAAUUUGAGGAUGAGAGUUGGAGAAACAAUUGGCGGCAUCUGGAGCAAUCACAGCUUCCCUCUCCCAAUUACGAGGGUGUGGCCUUCGUGGAUCAUCCACACAAUUUAUAUGUGAAAGACAAUGCCUUACAUCUGCAAGUCACACCGUCCAACUACAGCAAAAGUAAUCCAUUUUAUAUUCAAAAUUGCACCGAUCAAACCAAAGAUAAACAGUCCUGCGGCAGCAAGAAACCUAACAAUAAUUUUCGAAAGUUUUGGCCACCAUAUAAUUCGGCGAGCAUUAAAUCCAUUGCCACUUUCAAGUAUUGUCGAAUCGAAAUAGAAGCAAAAAUGCCAAUUGGAGACUGGCUGUUCCCAGUUCUCUCGCUGAAAUCCGACAUGGGGCGUGCCAUUCGCGUGGCCAUUGUCCGAGGCAACGAGCAACUGCAGGACAGUGCCGGGACCGAUAUUGGUGGCAAGACCCUCUUCGCCGGAGCCGUUGUGUAUGGCAACAAACAUGAGGCUAUGCAGCAUAUCUCUAUCGGCAAGCACUUUGGCGAAGACUUUCACAAUUACACGGCCAUUUGGAAGGAGAGCAGCAUUACCUUCAAGGUGGAUGGACGUAUAUAUGCCAAAAUAACCGACAAUAACAUCCUGGCGCAGUUGAGUGAGAGCAUGUGUCACAUCGAGCUGGCAACAACUGUCGGAGGAGAGUAUAAUUUCCCCGACUCGCGGAUUUUAUCUGACCAAAAACCUUUCCGAAACCAGCACGGUAGUCUAGCUGGUGGACUUCGAAAAGCAUCAAAAAAGUGGAAACAUCCUAAGCUAGUCAUUAGAUCAAUCAGAGUUUAUUCCAUUAGCGAUUAUGAUGAUUAUAAUAUUUAAAAGGAAAAACU